AUGAGGAAGAGAUCCAGUCCACAGAGAGACCGCCCCGACUUUAAAAACAGGAAACUGUCUCCUGAUGAGAAAGAGACACCAGAUGCUUCUGAACCUGAACCGAGCUGUGAUCAGUCGAAGGCUUUCAGCAUCAACUUUAAAGGACCAAAGUCUGCUGGUGCUGAGAAAGCUGAUCAGGAGAGUUCAGAUGUUUCAAGUCUUCAGGAUCAAACUGAUCUGGACUCAGUAUUUAAGAUGCUGGAGGAAAACAUUAUCGCGUUUGUGAAGAACGAGCUAAAGAAGCUGCAGAAUGAUCUGAAUCCAGAUUAUUCAGAGUGUCAGAGGGAUGAAGAGGAGGUGUUGGACAGUGAGGAAGAGAAGCAGAGAAGGAGCAGCAGAGAGGCAUUUCUGAAACUUGCAGUUAACUUCCUGAGAAUAAUGAAACAUGAGGAGCUGGCUGACUGUCUGCAGAGCAAAAAUCCUGAUCCACUUUGUGAGAACACAUUUAAAUGUAACCUAAAGAAGAAGUUCCAGUGUGUCUCUGAGGGGAUUGCUAAACCAGGAACCCAAACCACUCUAAAUGAGAUCUACACAGAGCUCUGCAUCACAGAGGGAGGGACCGGAGAGGUCAACACUGAACAUGAGGUCAGACAGAUUGAAAUGUUUUCCUGGAAACCAGACAGACCAGAAACAACAAUCAGGUGUGAAGACUUCUUUAAAGCUUCAACUGAAACAAACAAACCAAUCAGAACAGUUCUGACCAAAGGAGUGGCUGGCAUCGGGAAAACAUUCCUGACACAAAAGUUCACUUUGGACUGGGCUGAAGACAAGACCAACCAGGACAUCCAGUUCAUUUUUCCAUUCCCAUUCAGAGAGCUGAAUUUACUGAAGGAUACAAAGUUCAGCUUAGUGGGACUUAUUCAUCACUUCUUCACUGAAAUCAAAGAAGCAGGAAUCUGUAACUUUAAAAAGUUCAAAGUUGUGUUCAUCUUUGAUGGUCUGGAUGAGUGUCGACUUCCUCUGAACUUCCACAUCACUGAGAUCCUCACUGAUGUUACAGAGUCCACAUCAGUGGAUGUGCUGCUGACAAACCUCAUCAGGGGAAAGUUGCUUCCUUCUGCUCACAUCUGGAUAACCACACGACCUGCAGCAGCCAAUCAGAUCCCUGCUGAGUAUAUAGACAUGGUUACAGAGGUCAGAGGGUUCACUGACCCAAAGAAGGAAGAGUACUUCAGGAAGAGACUCGGACACAAGGAAGAGGCCAACACCAUAAUCUCUCACAUCAAGACAUCACGAAGCCUCCACAUCAUGUGUCACAUCCCAAUCUUCUGCUGGAUCACUGCUACAGUUUUAGAGAGUUUGUUAAAAACCAAACAGGAUGGAGGAAAGCUGCCCAAGACACUGACUGAGAUGUACAUUCACUUCCUGGUGGUUCAGACCAAAGUGAAGAACAUCAAGUAUGAUGGAGGAGCUGAGACAGAUCCUCUCUGGAGUCCAGAGAGCAGGAAGAUGAUUAAAUCACUGGGGAAACUGGCUUUUGAGCAGCUGCAUAAAGGAAACCUGAUCUUCUAUGAAUCAGACCUGACAGAGUGUGACAUUAAUGUCAGAGAGGCCUCAGUGUACUCAGGAGUGUUUACACAGGUCUUUAUAGAAGAGAGAGGACUGUACCAAGAGAAGGUGUUCUGCUUUGUCCAUUUGAGCAUUCAGGAGUUUCUGGCAGCUCUUCAUGUCCAUCUCACCUUCACCAACUCUGGUAUCAACCUGCUGGAAGAAGAAGAAACAGCCUCAGUGCAGACUGGAGAAUCUUCAGUAAGACAGUUCUACCAGAGUGCUGUGGACAAGGCCUUACAGAGUCCAAAUGGACUCUUGGACUUAUUUCUUCGCUUCCUCCUUGGUCUUUCAUUGCAGACCAAUCAGACUCUCCUGCAAGGCCUCCUGACACUGAAAGGAAACAGCUCACAGACCAAUCAUGAAACAGUUCAGUACAUAAAAAAUAAACUGAAUGAGAAUCUCUCUCCUGAAAAAAGCAUCAAUUUUUUCAACUGUCUGAAUGAACUGAAGGAUGACUCUCUAGUGAAGGAGAUCCAACGCCAUCUGAGUUCAGGAAGCCUGUCCAUAGUUCAUCUUUCUCCUUCCCAGUGGUCAGCUCUGGUCUUUGUCCUGCUGUCAUCAGAAGAAGAGCUGGAUGUGUUUGAUCUGAAGGAAUACUCAGCUUCAGAGGAGGCUUUUUUGAGGCUGUUGUCAGUGGUCAAAGCCUCCAAGAAAGUUCUGCUUAGCGGAUGUAACCUCACAGAGAAAAGCUGUGAAGCUCUAUCAUCAGUUCUCAGAACACAAUCCUCUAGACUGAGAGAGCUGGACAUGAGUAACAACAACAUUCAGGACUCUGGAGUGCAGUUGUUGUGUGUUGGCCUUGAAAGUCCACACUGCACACUUCAAACUCUCAGGCUUUCAGGCUGUCUGAUCACAGAGAAAGGCUUUGCUUUCCUUAAUUCAGCUCUGAGCUCUAACCCCUCCCAUCUGAGACAGCUGGACCUGAGCUACAAUUAUCUAGGGGACUCAGGAAUGAAGCUGCUGUUGACUCGACAGGAGGAUCCACAGUGGAAACUGGAAACCCUCAGGAUGGAGCCUUGUGGAGUACAGUGGUUGAAACCAGGUUUAAGGAAAUAUUUCUGUGAACUAAAUCUGGAUCUAAACACAAUACACAGAAAACUCAAACUGUCUGACAACAACAGGAAGGUGGUGCAUGUAGAAGAGGACCAGCAGUAUGUUGAUAAUGAUGACAGAUUUGAUCAUUGGCCUCAGCUGCUGUGUACCAACACUCUGACUGGUCGCUGUUACUGGGAGGUUGAGUGGAGUGGAGAGGUUCAUAUUGCAGUGGCUUACAAAGGAAUCAAACGGAAAGGAAACGGUGAUGACAGCAGGUUUGGCAAAACUGAUCAGUCCUGGUCUUUGUACUGUGAUGAGGGCGAAUACUUUGCAACUCACAACUACAAUUCAAGAGCCAUCCCUGUCUCCUCCUCUGCCUGUCACAAAGUAGCAGUGUAUGUGGACUGUCCUAUGGGCACCGUGUCCUUCUACAACAUAAUCUCUGGCACACUGGUCCACCUCCACACCUUCAACACCACAUUCACUGAACCUGUAUACCCUGGGUUUAGAGUUAGGUUACAUGACUCUCAUAUCUACAUCUGUGCUGACUCAGAAAAUUGA